UCAAUCACAUUUGCACACAUAGGUUCCGUUGAAAAAGGUUGAAAAAUAAAAAGAAGAAAAAUGGCUGUCUCCAGAGAAAAAUUGAAGACCGAAAUAAAUGCCAUCCUGAAGGAUGCCGAUCUGUCGGUGAUGUCUGCAAAGAAAGUCCGACAGAUCCUGGAGGAGAAGCUCAGCUGCAAUUUGUCAGCCCGCAAGAAGGAAGUGGAUGAGUUGGUGAUGGAUUAUGUGAAUUCCAAGGAUGAGGGAUCUGAGAGUGAUGAUGCCGAGGAGUCUGAGGAGGAGAAGCCGAAACGUGCACCCGGCAAGAGGCCCCCACCCACAAAGAAGCCAGCACCGAAGCGUAAGGGCGGGGAUUCAGAUGAGAGUGAAUCUGGGGGCGAAGCUGGGUCAGAUGAUGACUACAAGCCACAGAAGAAGGGCCGUGGGGCACCAAAGGGUGGAAAGCGCAAGAAGACCGCCUCUGAAUCCGAUUCCGAUGAAGACUGGAAGGCACCGAAGAAGCCCAAGAAAGCCGGCGCUGGAGCUGGUACGGGCAAGAAGGGCAAGGGAACAGGCUUCACACGAGCAUACACACUCUCGCCCGAAUUGGCAGCACUCAUGGGGGCUGAGUCCCUACCACGCCACGAGGUGGUAAAGAAGAUUUGGGCCAUGAUCAAGGAGCGCAAUUUGUACGACCCGAAGAACAAGCAGUACGCCAUUUGCGACAGCGACCUGCAGAAGGUAAUGGGGGUGAAGCGUUUCCGGACAUUUGGGAUGCUCAAAUAUCUCCGGGAGCAUUUUAUCAACUAAUUUCAGAGCCGUGUCAUGCCCACCAACGAUGGGGUAAGCUAAACUUCUUUCCCACACCACUUUCUUUCUUUCUCUCUGCGUGAAAUGUGGAGGAAUUUGAUGUCCAAACACUCUUUUUGUUCUUUUUUAAUUUUAAUUUUUUUCUCAACGUAGAAUUGUUUAAAUUCUACAAUUUUUUCUUGAGAAUUUUUUUUGAAAAAGAAAAUAGAUUUUAAGCUAAGAAGAAGUGAGAGAAGAAUUUCAAUUUUGUCUAUUUCGUGAAAAAAAAAUUUGUAGGAAAUCUACAAAAAAAAUCAAGUCUUGGUAUGAAAUAAACUUUUUUGUUUUUAAAGGAGAAAUUGAAGAUAAACUAUAAAAUAUUCCACGAUAUUCUUUAAUUUACUAUAAUAAAUAAUAAUUAUUUUAUUAUGAUGAGAGUGUAAUACAUAAAAAAAAUUAUAAUUACAAUUUUCAAGUAAUAAAUGACACAUUUCGCUUAAAAAUUA